UUGCUUAUGUAAUCAAGACUUUGUUCUAGCUCUGGGGCCAAGUAAAGUUUAAAAUUUCCCUUUGUUUCUUGUCCCUAAGGACCCAAGUAGUAGUAGUCUCAUCUAUAUGUUUGCAUAAACUAUAGAUUUUUAUUAAGUAAUGAAAUCCGCUUCCUCUGUGUUGCAGAUUUAAGAGAUGAGAAAAGCUAUGAGUUCUUAGUCUUUCUUACAUUUAUGCUUAGAAGCUUUUUUCCAAAUAUUUACAGCUCAAAAUAACCAACAAAUGGUAUCAGAGCUCUUUAGUUUUUAAAGGGGCCUGAGAUUAUCUUUAUUACUUGAGAGAGAGAAAAGAAAUAGAGAAGUGAGUUAUGGCUUCCAAUGUUUCAAUUCCAACACCACCCAUCUUCGGAGGCCAAAAUUAUAAUUUUUUGGUAAUCAAGAUGAAAGCUUUCUUAAAAGCUAAUGAUUUGUGGGAGGUAGACGAAAAAAUUAUGAACCACUACCACAAAGGCCAAAUUCUACUCUUGCUCAAAUCAAGCAACAAAUGCAGGAGGCUCUAAAGCAAUUUAAAGCCCUUUCCUUCAUUCACUCAGCUGUGGAUGAAAGUAUUUUUCCAAGAAUCAUGGGUCUAGACAGCCAAGAAAGCAUGGGAUUUGUUGAAGGAGGAGUUUCAAGAUACCGGAAGAAUGAAGCAAGUGAAGAUGCAAACUCUUAGAAGAGAAUUUGAAGCUUUGAAAAUGAAAGAUGGUGAAAGUAUUAAAGAUUAUAGUGCUAGAGUGCUGCAAGUAGUGAACCAGCUAAGAAUUAAUCGAGAAGAAAUUUCAGAUCAAAGGGUGGUAGAAAAAAUUCUCAUCACUUUGCCUGACAAGUACGAGUCUAAAGUUGCUGCCAUUGAAGAAUCUCAUGAUUUAUCCAAAUACUCUGUCACAGAACUCACAGGAGCUUUUCAGGUAUCCAUGGAAGGAGCUUUUCAAGCAAAAAUCAAGCUUAGAGAGUCAGAUGUUGUGAAGUAUCCUCCAUGUAGAAUUUGUAAGAGAACCAACCAUGAAGAGAAAGAUUGUUGGCAUAAGGGAAAGCCACAAUGCUUUAAAUGCAAGAGAUUUGGGCAUGUUCAAAAGAAUGGUGUAUUUACUAACAGAUGAGAAAAGCUAUGAGUUCUUAGUCUUUCCUACAUUUUUGCUUAGAAGCUUUUCUCCAAAUAUUUACAGCUCAAAAUAACCAACAUGGUGUAUUUACUGCUUCCAAACCCAGAAGAACAGAGCCUUCGAAUUAUUACAGAACACUGAAAUAUAAGUUAAGAAGAGUAUAUAUACAUAGUUAUUUAUUUAAAGGAGGCUAGAAGUAAUUGUUAAUUAUAGCUUAUCACUCGUAUUAAAAGGCAUUGAAUACUAUUUUUAGCAUAGAUUUACUUUGA